AUUGCUCAUCAGGAUCAGAAAACGCUGAAGAAAGGUUAUAAAAUAUUCAAAUGGACUAAAAAAAUAUCGACAGUAAUUGGUCUGUGGCCAUUAUCGCAGAAUCCCUUUUUGUUUACUAUAUGUACAGUUUAUUAUAUUAUUUACGUGGUUCUAGCAUUGUUAGAUAUGUAUAAAUCAUUUGACAAUACUGACGAAUUAGUUGAUAAUGUUACGGAGUCUAUGGCAGUUAUCUACAUAUACUUCCGCAUAUUAUUUCUUCGUGUCAACAUUUCUAGUCUUGGUGAAAUAUAUUCACAAGUAUUCAAGGAUUACAACGUGAAGGAUUUCGAAAAUUCUCAAGAAAUUGAAGUAUUUAUGCAGUUUAUUAAUAAAGGUAUAUUUUUGGUGAGAGGAUUCGCCAGUUUUAUGAUAGGGACCGAAGCCGUUUGGUACUUCAGUUCAUUAGCAGCAACACCUGAGUUUUUUAUUGAUGAUAACAAUCAAACAAUAUUUAUCAUUCCCUACAAACUUUAUUUUUUCCAUGAAAUAAAUAGCUUGACGCGUUAUUAUUUGACAUUCUUAUGCAUUAUGCCUUCGAUUUGGGCCUUUGGCUUCGGAUAUGUGUCAGUGGAUUCCACUUUGAUUUCUCUGCUCUUUUAUAUCAGUGGAAAGAUGGCUGUGUUGACAAUGAGGAUUGACGCGCUCGAAAACGGCCCUAAUUCCAGGAAGAAACUCAAUAAAAUAAUCGCCGAGCAUUGUAAAUUAUUGAAAAUGGGAGAUGGCGUUAAAGAUGCUUACAGUGGUGGAUUACUAGUUUACUUAGUAAAUACCAAUGUGAUAAUCUGCAUUGUCGGCUACCAAAUGUUAAUAACUUUCAUGGCACCCGGUCGAGAGGCGGACUUUUUUCGAUAUGCUCUGUACAUGGGCGAAAUGUAUAUGUUGUUAAGUAUUUUUUGUAUGAUUAGUGAACACUUAACUGCUGAGAGUUUAAAAUGUUGCGAAGCAUUUUACAAUUGCCAGUGGUACGACUUGCCAAUUGAUUGUAAAAAAGACUUAAUUUACUGCAUCGAACGCUCUCAAAAACCUUUGGCUCUAACAGCCGGUAAAUUUACAAUAUUCAGUAACGUCACUAUGACUAAUGUCACAAAAGCUGCGAUGGGGUACUUGAGUGUGCUGAGAAAUUUCUUAGAUGAAUAA